GUGUUAGUUGGAGCUGUUUGUUGCUCUGAAACUUGUCAACAGUUUAUGAGCCAGAGGUUUCCAUGGAGAAUAUUGAGAGCUGCCCCUGUGACUGAGAGAGUCCCUCCUCAUGGGGGUCCUAUUGGUUCCAGUUUCAGAAUGUCUGAGGGUGGGAGUGUGUCUCCACUGUAGACUGUGAUGGUGCAGGGUGGAGAGCACAACCUGCUGGUCAGGGCCCAGCUGGAUUUAUUUGGAACCAGGCACCUGAUAAAAGCUGCUGACCUGACCCUGGGGACAGCAGGUUGUCAGCCAACCAGGAUCUACCCUGAGAACCACACUGUCCUCUUUGACUAUGGGCCGCAUGAGUGCGGCAGCAGAUUGCAGAUGACUGGAGAUUUCCUGAUCUACACCACUCACCUGACUCUCAUCCCAAACUAUCCUGGAUCUGUCAUUGUGAGAACCAAUGGAGCUGUCAUUCCCAUUGUGUAUUGUUAUUUGAGGAAGGGCAAUGUGAGCAGUAACCCCAUCAAGCCCACCUGGAUCCCAUUCAGCUCCACCAGGUCUGGAGAAGGGCACCUGGCGUUCUCCCUGCGUCUAACGAAUGGUGACUGGCUGACAGAGCGCACUUCCACUGUCUACUUCCUGGGAGACCUCAUUCACAUUGAGGCAUCUGUUUCAAUGGCCAACCACAUGCCCCUGAAGCUGUACAUUGACCGCUGUGUAGCUACACUGAGCCCAGAUAAGGACUCCAGCCCCAGAUACAGCAUCAUUGACUACAAUGGUUGCCUCGUGGACAGCAAAGCUGAGGACUCCUUUUCAACCUUUGUGUUGCCGAGAGACGAGCGGGAGCCGGACAAGCUCAGGUUUGACCUGGAUGCCUUCCGCUUCUAUGGAGAUGAGCGUUCCUUGAUUUUCAUCACCUGUCACCUGAAAGUUGCUGCAGUGGAUCAGGGAGAUUCCAGGAACAAAGCUUGUACUUUCCAGAAGCUGGACAAGAUCUGGACCCCACUGGAGGAAUCGAACAGUGACAUUUGUGCCUGUUGCCAUGUGGGUAAAUGUGGUAGCGCAAAGGAGAUCGUCCUUCCCUCCAAAGGAAGGAGAGAUCUUGGACUUGAAGCUGAGAGUGAAGCUGGAUUGAAGUGGGAGGGUGAGGCCUCACUUGGCCCCCUGCUCAUUCUGGAUCCUGAGCUGACCAGCCUGGCGACUGAGCCCCUGACUGAGGUUGAGCAAAGGAUGCAGGAGAGGUCUCCAGGAGGUGUGCAGUCUGAGCUGGUUGUGAUGGUGGCCCUGACAGUGACAGCUGUCUCCCUGAUCUCUGCUUCAUUGAUGGCCUUGUUCCUGUACAGGAAACACCAGCAAACUCCAUUCAACUAAUGAAAUGACCAAUAAAGCAGUGAUUCUUUGAA